AUGAAGUACACUACCGCAAUCCUCGCCCUCGCAGCCCUCGCCACAGCAGCUCCUGCUCCGGUCCCCGAGCCAAUCCCGCAAGACAAGCCCUCAGGCCAUGAAGUCGAGAUCAGCGCCGUAACCUACGGCGGCACCGGGUGCCCCGACAAAUCCGUGCAAGGCCUUCUCUCCGACGACAGGACCACCAUCACACUUUCCUUCGACACAUACACGGUGCAAUCCGGCCCCAACAUCCCAGCCACCGAGCGCCGGAAGUUUUGCCAGCUGCAACUAAAGCUAAAGUAUCCGAGCGGGUUUCAAUUCUCCAUCUUUGGGGCUGAUUUCCGCGGUUAUGCGAGUUUGGAGAAGGGUGUUACUGGUGUCAGUCAGAGCACUUAUUAUUUCUCGGGGCAACAGAAUCAGACCGUCGUCCCAACAACCUUCACCGGCCCCAUGGAAGGUUCGUACCUGAAACACGAUGAAAUAAACGCCGGCAGCGCGGUCUGGUCCAAAUGUGGUGAGCAAGGCAUGCUUAAUAUCAAAUCCGAAGUUCGCAUCGUACCGAUGUCAUCCACAUCCCUCAACCUGCUGACCGUCGAUACCGUUGACGGCAAGUUCGAGCAGAAGUACUAUGUCCAGUGGGAGAAAUGUGAUAAGAAAACUACGGGCGAGACUGGAGGAACCGGGUCAAUCCGCGGACCGAAUGGUGGGUUUGAUCCAUCCAACUUGGGACGGGAGGUUGAUUUGACGGGCCGGGUUAUUGGUAGCUAG